UUUCAGAGACUUUCACAGUUUCAGUAAAGUCUCCUGUCUCAGUCCAGCGAGGCCAUACAGCCAUCUUACCCUGCUGGCUCACCUUCUCUGAGAGUGCAGAAGAUAUGGAGGUACUCUGGUAUCAAGGGAGUGAUCAAUUUGGUACUCCAGUCCUGCUUUAUAAGGCAAGAACUUUAGACUAUUCAUCCCAGAAAGCUUCAUACGCUGGACGAGCCUCAUUUGGCUUGAAGGAAGAAACAUCAGGUGGAUUAAAGGCAGGUGAUGUCAGCCUGAAACUGGAAAACGUCACAAUUGAAGAUGCAGGAAAAUAUAUAUGCGUUGUCAGCAGCUUUGAUGAUUCUGACAGUGCAUCUAUUAGUCUGACUGUGACAGAAACUGGACACCAACCUCUCCUGUCAGCAGUGAUGAAAGACGAUAACAAAGUUAAUCUGAGCUGCCAAUCUGACGGCUGGCAUCCAAAGCCUGAGCUGAGCUGGUCAGACAGCAAAACAGCUCUCAUUCCUGGUAAUGUGAUGUUUAGCAAAAACUCUGCUGGUUUUUAUUCAGUCCAUAGUUGGGUUCUGGUCUCCAGUCCCUCUGAGGUCUCCUGCUCUGUUGGGCUCUUCAAUGAAGAACCAAAGGAGACCAGAAUGCGUCAGAAAAAUUCAUUAGAAGAAGAGUCGGGAUCGUCCUCAGCUGGAUGGGUGGCCUUUGGGAUACUUUUGGUUGUAUUAGUUGCUUUCGGAGCCUUGUACUUCCUGUACUUCAGGAAGAAAGCUAACAAGUCCAAAUCAGGAAAUGACACAACUGAUGGGGCCAAUCUCACAAACAUUCCUGAAGAGAAUGAACCACUUCUGUUAAAAGCAACAUGGCACUCAGCAGCUCUAUUGGAAGCAUCCAAGCAUUAUGAGAAUAUUCAACUGGUGGACACAGGAAAUCCACUUAUAAAAAUCAGGGGUUUUCGAUUGAAAGAGGCCAAUGAUGAGUUUCCAGAUGGAGACAGAGUCACUUGUCUCACUGCAGUCAGAGGAUCACCUGGUUUCUCUUCUGGACGACACUACUGGGAGGUUUGCUUA